UUUCAUCAAUAUGUAGUGCCAACCCCUGUGAUUAUAGAAACUGUUCUGAAGUUAGGCGGGGAGACCGGUUUUUGCGCCGGCUUCCUGUCUCUUUGCUUGGCCGCUUUGCAACAGACCUUCUUCUCUGCAAGAGCCUGGUGCUGGGGUGUUUGGCUUUUCCGUGGCACGCGAGCAAAUAAACUUUUCAGCUCGGUAACAAGUAUGGCGACUGCAAGGGGACUCUAAAUCCAACUGGGUACUUUUGCCGGUGGCUGCUUUGCCCCGUGUGGGGGACUGGGUUCCGAACUCUCUCCGCACGGCAGAAUCAACCUUCGGUGCUUUCUAGUUUUACUUUGGGGCAGAGAAACUUGCUUGGGGUUCGGAAGCCAUCCCUUGGGUGAGUAAUCUCGGUACAGCAGUCAGUCGACUGCUGAUAAUUUUCUUUGUGUUCGACCUCAGCCGAGAGGCCUUGGGUAAGGAAUUUUCCCUUUGGUAGAAAGGAAAACAGGAGUUACUCUCACAGAGGUUCUCUUGGCUAUUUGGAUUUCUUGGAAAACUUGUCUUUGUGAGAGUGGCUCUGUGUGAGCUGCUGAGAAUUAGUAUUGCAAAUACGAAGACAAAAUGGGAAAUAAGAAUUCAAUCCCAAAGUGUACCCCCUUGGGCUGCAUCCUUCGGAACUGGGCAGUGCUCACCAAUGAGUUCAUGAUGAAGAAAGAGAUGAUAUUUUUCUGUAAUACUGCCUGGCCACAAUAUUCCCUGGAUUCGGGAGAACGAUGGCCUGAGAAUGGUUCAUUAAAUUAUGAUACUAUCUUGCAAUUGGAUUUAUUUUGCAAAAGGGAAGGAAAAUGGUCGGAGAUCCAAUAUGUACGAUCUUUUAUGUUAUUAUACCAGAAUAAGGAAAUUCAGAGAAAAUCAGUGAUUUGGGCGCAAAAACAGAGUCCCCAGAAGGAGGUAAUUUCACCUGAUUCUCAAGCUAGGAUAGAUGAUUCAUUACCCAUUCGGUUAAAUACUGCCACUCCGUCACCUCCGCUUGGAGGGGCCGGGGCAAUUGUCCCAAGACAUUCGGCACCUCGGGCCCCAACUCCAUCCCCUUCCCCUCCUGAUGCCGCAGGACCGCUAGUGGUCUCUCCCUGUCCUACCUGCCAGGUUACCCCCUUGGACCAGGGGGCCACCCAAAUUCAGGCAGGGAGAUUACCUUUGGGUCAGUCGCUGAUCAGAGUUUACGGGAACGGGCAGCCACACGGUUUCAUCUUUGUACGUCCCCUGUUUUCCACCUCCGACCUGUUGAAUUGGAAGACCAACAUGCCUCCGUACCUAGAUGACCCUAUCAAAAUGGAGAAUUUUUUUGCCUCUAUUUUUGCUACCUACGAUCCAACUUGGGCAGAUAUUCAGACGCUCCUAAAUUUCUUCCUCACAUCAGAGGAACGUAGUAUGAUCUUAGAACAGGCGCGCGCUGAAGCUGAUAAGAUGCACGAGGAAGCACCGUAUACUCCGGUGAGAGCUAUCGGAUACCUGGCCAUACCCACAACCGACCCUAGGUGGAGCCCUAAUGAUGUGGGGGAUAGAGACAAGCUUGAGCAUUACCGGAGCUGCAUCCUUAAAGGGCUGAAGAAUGGAGUCCCCAAACAAAGAAGCUUAAAUAAAAUUCUGCAUGUUAGACAGAAGCCUGACGAGGACCCCUUUGACUACUUGGAAAGAAUGUUUAAGGCUUAUCGGCAGUAUGCUGGUAUACACCCAGAAGCUCCAGAGAAUCUACAAAUGGUAAAUGACACCUUCAUAAGGCAAGCUGCCCCUGACAUUCAAAAGAAAUUGCAAAGAGUGAGAGGGGCUUUAGAAAUGCCCACAUAUCAGUUGGUUGAGAUUGCUGUCGAUGUUUUCCGAAACCGAGACGAGGUCCGGCGGAAGGAGGAAGAGCGCAGGAUGUGGCAGGAGGCAGCCUUGCUGGCGGAUGCCUUGAGGCAGGUGUGGUCAGAACCUCACCAAUGUCCAAACCAGCUUGGUGCCCGUCCCAAGGUAAGAUACCCGAAGCCCUCAAAUUCUAGAUCCAGAGGCCACCCCACUGUAGGACCACACCAGUGUGCCUAUUGCAAACGAGAGGGACACUGGAAAAAGGAGUGCCCCUCUCUGAAUAGGUAUCGUGAAGGUGACUAUUAGCCAACCUUCCAGAUGCCCCCACUCUCCUGCCCUCCCCCCAUCUCGCCCACAAGAACUAUCCAGAAUCCAUGGGGCCCAGAGACUCCUAACAGCCCUACAGCCUUCACUGAAAUUUCCCACGUGGAGCCCCGGGUCACCUUCUUGGUGAACAAGACACUUAACAGAUUUCUUGGUAGACAUUAGUGCUACCUACUAAGUACUGAAUACCAGGGGCCCUGGGUGGUUUGGGUGGUUUGGGUGGUUCAGUUGGUUAAGUGACUGCCUUCAGCUCAGGUCAUGACCUCGGGGUUCUGGGAUGGAGCCCCACACCUUUUUUCCUUAUCCUGUAAAUUCCUCACAAAUGUAUUGUCUCUUUGUCUAAAAUGUGUAAAAACUGCCUGCCUGGGUCAUGCUUUGUCUCGAUUUCAUUAUUGGGCUUUGUAACAAAGGUUUGGGGUUUUUUUCUCCUGUCCUGUCUCAUGUAAAUUGAAUUCUUAGCCCAGCUGGAAGACCUUGGGGGUAGGGGAGGAAUUUUCCCUCCCCAGUAGUUAGCAUAGUGGGCAGGAUACUUUAUUUCUGCUGGGCAACUGCUCGCCCCAGACACUGCUACCGCUGAGAUCCUGGGACAUCUGACAAUACGGCUGGCAGAAGGUAAGAUUUUUUACCGUGUGAGCCUUCUGGAAUCUCUGUCUGCGGAGUCUAAUGGAACAAGAAUGGUGAGAAGCUUUUUUACUCUCUCUAAAUUUAGAUUAGCAGGAGAAAAUAUUGUGGGACUGCUUCCUUGGGCUUAGCAGCUUGUGGGAAAGAAUUGGCAGCACACUCUGGUUGCUGAUCCAUUUGCUCCCAGGGAUGGUCUUUGUUGGUCUGUGUCCUUUGUGUCCUUUGUUCAUAAAAAGGAAUGACCGUAGGGCUGGCAUAAGACCCUAGAAGUCUGAUUUUUCGAGCCAGCCUCACAGACUGCUCAGUUCCCGGUUCUCACCAGACCAUCGUCUGUUUGAACAAACUGCUGUGAGUCCCCUAUAUAAAAACCAGAUGGAAGUUUUUCCUUUUGUCUUGUUCGAUGUCCUAAGAGCUUGCCUUUGUGUCCAAUGAGAACAUUCUCUCCGGUCUCCAUCAUCCAGAGGGUGCACUGACUGGGGUGCACCUUGGUGCCCAGUCAAAUAAGCUGGGGAUCCUGGACACACAGUUACAAAAAGCAUACUCUGCCCAGCCGUGCCACCUCUCAGGAGAGUUUAUCAUAAGUCGCAGCCCGUAAGGGGCAUUUGUGGUCUCAGGGGUCAGUGCGAGAAAAGUCCCAUUCCCAUUAGUGCCUGCCUGCUGUCACAGAUUAGCGGGUCUGUGACUGGAGGCAUCUCAGAUUUGUGGGAGGCCAGAGACGCGGUGUUCACCACAUCAUCCUCACCACCUACGCAACUAAGGUCUUUGCUUUCUUAGAUUAUUUUGGGGGAAUAAACUUUUGGAUCUUGGGGACUACAUCAUCUGUGCCUUGUCUAGAGGCCGCUUAGGUUUUGGGUUAAGCCAUCAAAAAGCUUAUUGGUUUGAGUCAUUACCGAAAUUAAUAAGAUCCUAUCCACCAAUGGCCAGAUGAUAGAUCCUUUAAAUUGGCUGUAUUUAAAUAAGUAAUUAAAUAUUCUUUAGAGAGAAUUCUGAAUUGUCUAAUUAGAAUAACAGCUAACCUUGGGUAAUGUGAUGUGAUGUUCGGGGUCUGAGAGUCAACAGUCAAGAAAGAAUUCUUGAGAGGUCUUCAGUGCAAAAAAAGGUGGCUUUAUUAAAGCAUGGGGACAGGACCCGUGGGCAGACGGAGCUGCACUGGGGUCAUGAGGAGUGGCUGAUUAUAUAAGUUGGGAGGGGGUAAGUCUCUAAGGAAUUUGGAAGCAAGAUUUCCAGGACCUUGAGAGGCUAGCUGCUAUUAAGAUAAGGGCUUUGAGGGCGCCUGGGUGGCUCAGUUGGUUAAGCGACUGCCUUCGGCUCAGGUCAUGAUCCUGGAGUCCCGGGAUCGAGUCCCACAUCGGGUUCCCUGCUCAGGAGGGAGUCUGCUCCUCCCUCUCAUGCUCUCUGUCCCUCAUUCUCUCUCUCGCAAAUAAAUACAAUCUUAAAAAAAAAAAAAAAGAUAAGGGCUUUGACUACUGUCUAGUAAACCCUUAGUCAUGAGACCCUUCACAUAUGUAUCAGUGGGCCAUAUGCUUGGAGGAUGGUUGCUAGCAUGUAUCUUGGAGAAGUUUCCAAAGGCAUUUUCAUAUGUUAAAGUAGACUUACAGGACCCUGGAGGUCGGGCUAAUGUCAAGCUAAGGUUGACUUUCGCUUUUAGCAAAGUAUUAACAUGGAGGCAGUUGAGUUCCUGGUGGAAGGCCCUCUGCCUCUCUUAAGUACUUGUGAAGGGGCUGGAAGUCGUAGGGCAAUUUAAUUUUUUCCACAUUUCUUUUGCCUUUGUUCUCCACAUCACUAGGGACUCCCCUGACAAGAUAAAAGAACAAAAAUUAGACUUAAGGCAAAUCAAUGUCCACACCCACUGAAAAUUCCCCUUCUUAAAGUCUGGCCCCAUUCGCCUGUUUUAACUUUCCUUGCCCUACAAGAUUUGCAGACAGCACUCCAGCCUAAUCUCUAGGUUCUAAGUAUACAGAUUACUCUUGCAAAUGCCGAGAGACAGAAAGUGAAUUCAGCAGAAGCCCCUGGGACGCACGGAACGGCUCGCUUUGCUAUAAUCAGGCUCUGCCAGCUUCAGGCAUUUCUGUACAAUAACUCUUACAGAUGUAUCCUACACACAGCUCCCCCGCCCAACACACACACGCAGACUCUGCGAAGGAUUCCUAUCCCUUGAACAGCCACAGAUCUUUUAAGUGAUGAAGCCCUUGUUCCUCCACUUUCAGAAUAUCCUACCAAACUUAGAAAGGAAUUUUUAUUUACUUAUUUUUAAAGAUUUUAUAUUAUUAUUUUUUUAAGUCAUUUCUACACCCAACGUGGGGCUUACACUCACAACCCCAAGACAAGAGUUGCAUUCUCCACCCACUGAGCCAGCCAGGCGCCCCAGAGAGGAAUUUUUUUUUUUAAUUAAUAGCUAAAAAAACUUAAUAAAGGAAUUUUAAAAAUAAAUUAAAAAUUAAUGGUAUUCACAACAGCACUCACAAAGACCUUGACUGGCUGCCACAGGGAGUUUUCUGGCCCAGGAUUGAUUACACUGUGGUUAUUAGGCAGGCCCCAUGGCCCCUGGAAGAAUGCCUCCCCUGCUUCACAGAGGAAACGGGACCAAAAUUUCUCCUAAGCCCUCCUACAAAUGAUCUCCCAAAGGUCAAUACUCAGAGGCUGAUAGAAGCCAACGUUAAAUUGUGUACUCAGAAAGAAGGCUUUUGUUAAAUUGCUUUAUAGAUUUUAGAAGGCAGAAAUCCUUUGAUUUCCAUUUUUGUUAAAAAUCUCCCUGAUUUGGGGCACCUGGGUGGCUCAGUUGUUAAGCGUCUGCCUUCAGCUCAGGUCAUGAUCCCAGGGUCCUCGGAUCGAGCCCCGCAUCGGGCUCCCUGCUCGGCGGGAAGCCUGCUUCUCCCUCUCCCCCUCCCCCUGCUUGUGUUCCUGCUCUCGCUAUCUCUCUCUCUGUCAAAUAAAUAAAUAAAAUCUUUAAAAAACAAAACCAGUGUCUCAGACAUCGGUUUAUUGCACAUGGGGUGCACAGAUUUGCUAAUGGUAACAAUUUUUGUUUGCAUCUGUCUGGAUAUGUCUCUCUCUAUAUACAUAGAGAGAGAGAGAGAGAGAGUCGUACCCAGAUACGUAGAUCUAGAUCUAGAUAUAUAGAUAUAUCUGAUCUCUUUUCUCUACCUCUGGAUCGUAUUGCUAAAAUUAAUUUGUAAAAGGGUUUUAUUUACUUGGUUUGAAGGCAAAUGCUUGUGUAAGGAUUGGGCAUUCUAAAAUUCUCAGAAAGUGAGAGACUACCCCAAAUAUUUUUCAAAUUCAGGUGAUCUGGGAAAAUAUUUGGUACUAAAGCUAAUUUAAGGUUGUUGGUUUAAUUUAAAAGGAAAUGGCUUAAUGUUAUCAACAUUAAAACUAAAACUUUUAUUCUGCCUGGAUUUACUAAAAGUCAAAUAAGUUGAUGUGAUCUCUGUUACAAAUUGAAAUAAUCAUAAUAGUUUGAGGGGUGCCUGACUGGCUUAGUCAGUGCAGCUUGCAACUCUUGAUCUCAGGGUUGUGAGUUCAAGACCCACAUUGGGUGUGGAGAUUACUUAAAGAAAUAAAAUCUUCAAAAGUAAUAAUAAUAGUAGUUUGAAAGUAUGACUGACUUUGUCCGAUGUCUCUUGAAGUUUUUAUGGGUAAUUUAAGCAUAAAUGUUAAGAACAAGUAAAUUAAAUAGAUGUAAAGGGGUUGGGGGCGGUGCCUGGCUGGCUCAGUCAGUAGAGCACGCAACCCUCGAUCUCAGAAUUGUGAGUUCAAGCACCAUGUUGGGUGUGGGGCCUACUUUAAAAAAGGCUGGGGGGGCGGGUUAUAGGGAAACUUUUUUUUUUUUAAAGAUUUUAUUUAUUUAAGAGAGAGAGUGAGUGAGAGCACGAGCCGGGUGGAGGGGCAGGGUUAGAGAGAGAAGCAGACUGCCUUCUGAGCAGGGAGCCCAAUGCCAGGAUCAUGACCUGAGCCCAAGGCAGCCGCUUAACCGGCUGAGCUACCCAGGCGCCCCUGUAGGUAAACUUUUAAAUAGCUUCCAGAAUCUUUGGUAACCUUGAAACUUCAAAGUUGUACUGUUAAAUGCUGAGUUAAGUUAAAUUCAUUUAAUAUCUGGGCUCAUCUCCAAAUAAGAUAAAAUUAUAAACAUUAAACACUAAAAGAUAGGUUUAUCUACUUUUGUCUUAACUACACAGAGAAACUAAAGAUAAAUUUGAGUGUUAACAAAACCUGUUUGUGCUUUAUUAGAAGCUUAUACUAUGCAAAACAAACAAACAAACAAACACAUGCUUCUGAAUAAUGAAAUGUAUUCAUAAAUUUGUCAGCCUAAAGAAUUCUAAUGUAGGGGCGCCUGGGUAGCUCAGUUGUUAAGCGUCUGCCUUCAGCUCAGGUCAUGAUCCCGGGGUCCUGGGAUCGAGCCCCGCAUAGGGCUCCCUGCUCAGCGGGAAGCGUGCUUCUCCCUCUCCCACUCCCCCUGCUUGUGUUCCCUCUCUUACUGUGUCUCUCUCUGUCAAAUAAAUAAAAUCUUUAAAAAAAAGAAAAAAAGAAUUCUAAUGUAACAGUUCACAAUUGAGUACUAAUUAAGUUUCACUAGAAAUCAAGGUUUCCAUGAGUUAAGAAUUCUAAUAUCACUAAAACUACUGGAAAAAUAAGGGAAAUAACUGUAUGCAAGGAAAGUAAGAUACGUGUUUUUGGUUAAAAAAAAAUCUAAGAAGGGCGCCUGGGUGGCUCAGUUGGUUAAGCGACUGCCUUCGGCUCAGGUCAUGAUCCUGGAGUCCCGGGAUCGAGUCCCGCAUCGGGCUCCCUGCUCGGCAGGGAGUCUGCUUCUCCCUCUGACCCUCUUCCCUCUCAUGCUCUCUGUCUCUCAUUCUCUCUGUCUCAAAUAAAUAAAUAAAAUCUUUAAAAAAAAAAAAAGAAAAUAUAAAAAAAAAAUCUAAGAAAUGAAAAAAUAUUUUUGUUGAGAGAAAGUUUUUUUUUCCUAAAGUAAGGCUAAUUAUUUAAAGAGGGAAAACAGGACAAAAUCUGAAUGUGAAAAAAAAAGUUGUAAAAGGCUUAUUUAAAAAAAAACAAAACACCUUUGGAAGGGAAUUUUAUGUGUGGUCAAUAGUGGCUAAGGUUAAAAUAAGUGUAUUUUAAUAUCAAAUGUAUUGCUGAUGCAAAAUUAAAAUUUGUUUUUUCUCUCUGUUAAAAGGGAAACGUUUUAUUAGAUUAUUGGUUUGCUUUUUGUAAACAGUUUUCUGUUGAAGAUUACAUUAAAGAUUACCUUUAUAAACACCUGUAUAAAUACCUUUUUAUAAACAAAGAUUCUAUGUUUUCUCUUUAUCAGAUUUUUGAUUAUUCAAAAAAACUGAGUCUUAGUAUUAAGAGCUAAGUUUUGCUCACAACUAUGUAUCAUCUGUAAUUUCCUUUGAAAUCUUUUAUUAUCACUUUGGUUAAAUAGAUAAAUAUUGUCUCCUAAUGAUCUCUAAUCUAAUGACAUGUUUCAACCUUUUGAUAUAUUGAUUUUGAUUAAUGAAAUGUUCAAACCUAUUGAUAUUUUUUGACAUACUUCCCAAAGUCAAACUCUAAAAUAAAGUCUUUUGACCACAGUAUAAAUGAAAUGUUCCAGAAGGCCCUGGGAACAUUUCAAGAAUUUUGUGAAGGGGCGCCUGCCUGGCUCAGUCGGUAAAGCCUGCAACUCUUUAUCUAGGAGUUGUAAAUUCGAGCCCCACAUUGGGUGUAGAGAUUACUUAAAAAUAAAAUCUUAAAAAAAAUUUUUUUUGUAAAAAUGAAACUAAUGUGGCUUACUUGUUAAGUUUCAUGGGAAGUAUUGUCAAAUAAGUGAAACUAAACCUUCUUAGAUUAUGUUUGCAUAGAUAUGUUAUUAAAAGAAGUGUUCUAAAAAUUGUAUAAAACUCCUGGGAAGGGGCGCCUGGGUGGCUCAGUCAUUGGGCGUCUGCCUUUGGUUCAGGGCAUGAUCCCAGGGUCCUGGGAUCAAGCCCCGCAUCAGGCUCCCUGCUUCGCGGGAAGCCUGCUUCUCCCUCUCCCACUCCCCCUGCUUGUGUUCCCUCUCUCGCUGUCUCUCUCUCUGUCAAAUAAAUAAAUAAAAUCUUAAAAAAAAAAAAAACACAAAACUCCUGGGGAUCUGAUAUGUCCUAACAUGUUAUUAUCUUGAACUGUUGUAUGUCACAGAAAUAAGCAGAUUUUCUUAUCAAUUGCAUUGUAAUGGACUCUAAUCAGAUCUUUGACCAUGGCCUUUAAGUUUUAUCAUUUACAGACAAUUAUAGUUUUACUCAGAUGCUUUUUAAAAAGCUUUCUGCAAAUGUGCUUCCGUUGAAACUCAUGGGAAGAACUCUGAGUACAGGUUUCUUAUAACCUUAAGAUCAUUAAACUGAAGUAAGAAUUUCCGGGACUAGUCAGAAAACUGGAUUCAAGCAGAAGAAUUAAUAAUAUAAGACUGAAUAAACUGAGGAAGAUAAUUAUAAUUUUAUCACAUUUUUGUUGAAAACAUUGCUGAUUUUUUUUUUAAGUUUUGUUUUUCCUGAUUUAAAACUGUUUUCUCUUAAGCUGUGGCUUACAGCAAUUUGAUAAAAUAUUCCUUUGUAACCAAAUGUGAAACAGUUGUCUUUUUCUCCCUACCUGAAACCCUCCAGAAUUCAGAAAUUCUCAGUGAAUAUUCUUUGUUGUAUGGUAAUUAUAGUUAUUUGCAUAAGUGCAGUAAGAAUGUGUUCUCCUUAUAACAAGACAUCAUUGGAAAGAAACACUGGGGGUUUUUUCCCAAGGCUUUGCUGGAAUGUCAUGUUUGAGAGAGACAUGCAUAGUCUCAGAUAUGACCAGACAGCUUUAAGGAACUAAGGUUGACUUUACAGAGCCAAUAAAGCCCCUUGGAAAUACCAGCCUGGUACCUUCUUACAGAGUUCCCAGCAGCCUCACCAGGGAGUAAAGAAGGUCACUUCCUGGCAGAUGCAGGAACCUCAGAAUAUGCUGGGGACCUCGAGAGAGAGGAAUUAACCCAAAUCUAUAGGUACUGCAGGCGAAGUAUGAUGACAAGUAUUUGGCUUGGCUCCUGGCCUUGAGAGGCUAUUAAAAGUUCAAUCUAGAGAUUCCUUAUGAAAAAUUCCAGUAAAGCAGAUUUAAAAGAUCCUGUAUGGUCAACUACUAUUCUUGCUGCAUUUAUGUCAAUAAUCAAGCCAAGUUGUUGGUCUUUUUAAACUAGACUUAUUUUGCAAGCAAAUUAGUCUUGUUUUAUCUUUGGCAAAAAGGAGGGUGAUAGAGAGAAAAUAUGUUUCAGUAAAACACCUAUGUAAAUAUUAAAUUCUGAUACCGCUCAUUAUAUACUGAAUUAGAUCCUGAUUUCCUCCAAUGACUGGCUACACAAAUGUUAGUCUCCAAACUAACAUUUUUUAAGUUUUUCUUCCACCUUCUGAGUUGGAUUCAUUUAAGAAGUAAAACUGCCCUUUUUCCAGAAGCCCUGCAAAUUAAACAUGACCAACCUGAUGUAAACUUCAGGGAAAUAACCACAACGGCUCAUGCACAGACAAUCCUCAUGCCUAUUGCUUUGUGAGCCCUUAGAAGAUCACCAGAGACACUCCACCUACAAACCAGGAGAGUCUCCGUCAGAUCGUCACGACCUGCUGUCACUCUGAAAAUGCUUCGAGCCGGACAUCUGGAAAUCUUGAGUGCCUGGCCUAAAAACUCAAAAACUGGAUUAUGAUUUGAUCCAGUUAUUAACCACCAUUUUUCUUUUAUUCCAUUGAUGGGCCUCUUCUUGAUGCCCUGAUUGUUUAAACAAAUAGGCCUAACUUCAACCACAUACCUGCUUCACCACCUCCUGAAGUGAAGUUAAUGAAACGGACCUAUUGUCAGAACUGAGACCGAUUCAAUAAGACGGAACAAUCUGCCAAUUCAGCUUUUAAUAUACAAAACUCCCAGGGAAGUUUCAGAGGGGGUACUGUAGGGGCCAAGGGCAGGCUGCUCCCAAUUGUGCCAUUUUGUCUUAUUGGUUCUUUUAAAUAAACGUUACUUAAGAGACAA